CAUACCCGCUCCUAUCUCCCUCUCGGCCACCUGCCGCUCCUGAGUGUGUGCGUCCGCCUAACAAGCUCUUCUCCCUCUCUGAAGGUCAAGGUUUGUCAACAGCUGAUCAUCUUGUGUCUCAGAUGAAGCACGGCGACUGAGAGAACCAGAUUUCAGUUCAUUCACAGGGAGGCUUCCCGUUGUUUACCGCGGCUCAAAGGAGAAGCGCUGCUGAUCUCGGUUUUCCAUCUCUUAGCGUCUGGAUGAAUUCCUGGGAUAAUCCGAGCCCGCGAGUUAUACUAAUUGAACGCACAGUGUUUCCUGUCAUCUGAUAAUGCCGCUGAACAAGACUCUAAACAGCAUGUGCAGUAAGAGGUUUGUGUAUCAAAGGGCAGCAAGUCACUGAGCGGAUGGGCAGCUAGUCACAAUGGAUAAUCUCCAAAAGAGGAAUCUAACUUUUCUUACAAUUGGAUUGAUAUUUAUGCUGAACGGCAUUGAGUACGCCGUCAUUCUGCCCACAAUAUGGAGGUAUCUCCAGAUUUUAGAGGCCCCCCCUUACUUCUUGGGCCUGGGUCUGUCGGCCUUCAGCCUGAGCGGGCUGCUCACCGGCCCGCUUUUUGGCUUGUGGUCAGAUCGGAGCCAAACGACAAAGUCCAUCAUCCUUUUCUCCAAUCUUUUCGAGAUUGCCGGGAACUUCAUGUAUUUUAUUGGGUACUCAAAGUGGCUGUUGUUGUCCAGUCGUCUCGUAGCAGGUGUCGGCGCGGGAGCGGGCUCCUCCAUCUUCGGUUUCCUGACUCGCAGCACUAAGCCGGAGGAGCGCGCCGGCGUCUUCGCAGCCAUCAUGGCCUGUCGACAGGCCGGCCUCCUCGUGGGGCCGGCAUUCAACCUGUUCCUGCGGCUGUGUGAUUUCAAACUGGGGCCCUUUGUUGUGAACAAAUAUACAUCUCCUGGGAUCUUUAUGUGCCUGUUGUGGGUGCUGCUCCAGUUUGCCAUCCUGGGUCUGUACUGGGACGUACCCCCCGUCAGCUCGGAGGAAGGAUCAGCGAUGCUUGAGAUGAAACAGGAGGCCGACGAUGAGGAAGAGGGGCUGCUGAUUGGUUCUGACGAGGAGCCCCUGCCCACCUACAGAGCGGUUAACUCCGACCAAUUGGAGGCCUCCACCUCGUCUGGGACGCGGCCCGUCCGCGGCGCUUCCAUUCUCAGCGCCUGCAGAGAGCUCCUGAGAGAGGAGGUGGUUGUUCUCCUCACGGCUCAGUUCAUCACUCUCUUCAAUCAGACGGCGCUGGAGACCAUGGUGACUCCCAUGACGCAGCGCCUCUUCAGCUUUGGCGAGCUGAGCAACAGCCUGAUGUACAGCCUGUGCGGGCUGGAGGUCAUCCUGGGCUUCUUCUUUGUGCGCUGGCUGAGCAGGAGGGUGGCCGACCGCGCCGUCCUGGCCGCAGGCCUGGUCAUCUGCUGCGUCGCUUGUAUCUGGUGCCUCAUCUUCCUCUGCAGCCCCCGAGGUGGAUAUGGAUGGGAGCUGUCGAGUUUCAUCAUCGGAGUGUUUCUGCAGCUGCUCGGGCUUCCCUUCGUGGCCGUGUCUCAGGUGUCUCUCUUCUCCAAAGUCACUGCCGAGAAAACACAAGGAUUCAGCCAAGGUGUCAGACGCUCGGUGGGGGGUCUGGCCACCAUCUUGGGUCCUUUGUGGGCUGGAGGACUCACCAAUAAUUUGUACAUAAUGUUGGGCAUGAUGCUAGCUCUCCUCAUAAUGAUCACAGUCAUGACGGUGUUGUCCUACGACCGCCUGACGGAGCCGCGGGCCGUGCAGAGCGCCCAGGGCUCUGAUGGAGGAGGAUAGAGCCGCAGUGUGUGUGUGUGUGUGUGUGUGUGCAGACAGACUUCAGAGAGAAUGGAUGCUCAUUGCGGAGGAAACAGGAAUGAGUGUGUGAAUAAAAAUUGUUCAAACCCCAAUACGGUACCUGAGAAGCUGUCAGAGAGGUGAUCACACAGGUAAAAGCACUUUGUGUUUGCUUGUCAGCUGGUAUUAGAAUCUAUCUCCAAUGCGCAUUCCUAUCAGACUCUCCAUUAUACUUCACACAAGGGGGCACCAUUGCUCCCGCAUCGAAUGUUUCGGAGGCGUAAUUGAAGAUGAAAGCAAUUAUUUAUAAACUGAACUAUUUAUAUUCCCAGGUGUUGAUGAGAGACGGAGUUUUUUUCCUCUCCACGUGACCCACGCACCAAGUUGUUCAUUUCUUCCUUUCUUCCUGCAAAAAAAAGGAAAUGAAACGGUUGACACAAUGGGUGCAGAAGUGGAGUUGUCAACAUCUGAGCAGCUCGGUGUCGGCGUAGCCGAUAGAAGAAGAGGGUCAGAUAAAGUGACGCUUUAGAGGAUAUUUAUUUGUAGUGUUGCAUUAAAACUUCAUUUCUAGUCUUCAUACAGCCUUGGAUGCCGAUAGACAUCAUCAGAGAGCAUAUUCCUGUAUAUCUAAUGUGCAAAUGAGCAGCUCAUGAAUUAAACCAAAUUGGGUAAAUACUUGUUAAUUAGCCGGCUGUAUCCGUUGACUUUGGGGAGAUUUAAAGUUUAAUUGCCUGUAUUCAUAAUUCAAACCAUGACAAGGUGUAUCGUCAGCUGUUUUUUCCUACAUUCUCCUCUAGGAUGUGCUGUGAGCUACACUUGAGGAGAAUGCAGUAAGCAGCAUCACGGCAUUGUGGAUUCCUUUUGUUCAGUGUUCAUGGUUUGGGCCAAUCUCUGUGUUUUUGCAUAAUUGCAGAUAAGGCUCAGUAACCUUUUCCUGUUUUCUACACCCAGCAUGUGAUAUUUGGCUUUCCAGAGGCUUUUCGCCUGAAAUGGAAAUUUUAAUCUUUGGGACUCAAGGAUAUAAUAUAUAUAAGUACUUUCAUGCUCUGAUCAGCGUAUUCAGGUACUUGACAUUUUAAGGGAGAUAACAGGGUGCAACAGAAAUCUGGUCAAGCCUGAAUUUACUGUUUGAAUACGCUGGCUUUUUCAGCGCGAUUAUUUCUGUGUUCUUCAAGAAUCUCAUUCACAACAACCUAAAUAACCGGAAGCGUUUUGCAGCCCCUGAACACUUGCAUUCAAAUCUUCCAUCUACGAUGCUAAAUAUUCACAAAUAGGAAUCAAUGUCUUGUAAGCUGUAAAAAUGAUGACCACACAAAAUAAUACCUUCCUCCUUUCACAGAUGAAAAGUUGAAUUUAUAUUCAAUAAAACACACUGAAUCCAAUGCUACUGCAGUGCUACUCGGUCUGGUAUCACCAACGUUGAGGGGAGACAAAAUUACAUUGCAUUUAUAUGGAAAGUGUGUUAAGGAUCAUAAGACAAAAUUGGAAGUAAUUCACUAUAUUUAUGACUAAAAAAAAAAAAAACGUUACACUAUAUUUCCAUGUUAUUGAUGCAGAAUUUGCACCCCGAUUUGUGUGGGAACGCUUUGAUCAGCUUUGACUGAUGGUGAACAAGCGCCAUUCAAAUGUUUCAAUAUUGUGAUGGCGUCACCUUUUGGUUCACAAAGAUGCUUCUAACCAGCACGGACAGCUCAGAGAAAGAAUGAUUUGAUUAAAGAAAUGUCUGACGUGAAA